CGGCCCGGGGCUCCCGCCGCCGCCUCUCUCUCCCUCCGCGACCGCGACGCCGGGUGCCGCGCCCCAGCGCCCCAGCCACACGCCUGGGCGGAAGGUGUCACCUGGUCUCGGGAAGGUGACAACAGAAUUUAUAAAAGGGCAGAAUUUUUAAAGAAGUUAACAAAAAGAGAAGCAAAAUGCCGAAACCAAUCAACGUACGAGUAACUACAAUGGACGCUGAGCUGGAAUUUGCUAUUCAGCCCAAUACAACUGGCAAACAACUUUUUGACCAGGUGAAGGUGGAGGGUAAUGAGGAAAGUCCUUGGAGACGUGAUCUUGGAGCAGAACCUUUAAAGCAUGAAGAGGCAUUAAUUAGGCAGGUGGUUAAAACAGUUGGUUUGCGUGAGGUCUGGUUUUUUGGGCUGCAGUACGUGGACAGCAAAGGUUAUUCUACUUGGCUUAAACUAAAUAAAAAGGUGACACAGCAAGAUGUUAAAAAAGAGAAUCCUUUACAGUUCAAGUUUAGAGCUAAAUUCUUUCCUGAAGAUGUUUCUGAGGAAUUAAUUCAAGAAAUAACCCAGAGACUUUUCUUCUUGCAAGUUAAAGAAGCCAUUUUAAACGAUGAGAUAUAUUGCCCACCAGAAACUGCAGUUCUGUUGGCUUCCUAUGCUGUCCAAGCCAAGUAUGGAGAUUAUAACAAAGAGAUUCAUAAACCAGGCUACCUGGCUAAUGAUAGACUCCUACCCCAACGUGUUUUGGAACAGCACAAACUGACAAAAGAACAGUGGGAAGAAAGAAUACAGAACUGGCAUGAAGAACACAGAGGAAUGCUAAGGGAAGAUUCUAUGAUGGAAUACCUGAAGAUUGCACAAGAUCUAGAAAUGUAUGGAGUCAACUAUUUUGAAAUAAAAAAUAAAAAGGGAACUGAAUUGUGGCUAGGUGUUGAUGCUUUGGGUCUGAAUAUUUAUGAGCAUGAUGACAAGUUAACACCUAAAAUUGGUUUUCCUUGGAGUGAAAUAAGAAAUAUUUCAUUUAAUGACAAAAAGUUUGUUAUAAAGCCAAUCGACAAAAAGGCACCUGAUUUUGUUUUUUAUGCACCUCGUCUAAGAAUCAAUAAGCGGAUUUUGGCGUUAUGUAUGGGAAACCAUGAACUCUACAUGCGAAGGAGGAAGCCUGACACCAUUGAAGUACAGCAGAUGAAGGCCCAGGCCAGGGAGGAGAAACAUCAGAAACAGCUGGAAAGGGCACAAUUAGAGAAUGAAAAGAAGAAAAGAGAAAUAGCAGAAAAGGAAAAGGAAAGAAUAGAACGUGAAAAGGAAGAACUAAUGGAACGUCUAAGGCAAAUUGAAGAACAGACAAUGAAAGCCCAGAAAGAACUGGAAGAACAGACUAGAAGAGCUUUAGAGCUGGACCAGGAGCGAAAAAGAGCAAAAGAAGCAGCAGAACGUCUUGAAAAGGAGCGUCAAGCUGCUGAAGAGGCCAAGGCUGCUAUAGAAAAACAAGCUGCUGACCAGAUGAAGAACCAGGAACAGCUAGCAGCAGAACUUGCUGAAUUUACUGCCAAGAUUGCACUUCUAGAAGAAGCCAAGAAGAAAAAGGAAGAGGAAGCUACUGAGUGGCAACACAAAGCUUUUGCAGCCCAGGAAGACUUGGAAAAGACCAAAGAAGAGUUAAAAACUGUGAUGUCUACCCCCCCUCCACCUCCACCACCACCAGUCAUUCCUCCAACAGAAAAUGAGCACGAUGAACAUGAUGAGAACAAUGCUGAGGCUAGUGCCGAAUUAUCAAAUGAAGGGGUAAUGAACCAUAGAAGUGAGGAAGAACGCGUAACGGAAACACAGAAAAAUGAGCGUGUUAAGAAACAACUCCAGGCAUUAAGUUCAGAAUUGGCCCAAGCCAGAGAUGAAACCAAGAAAACGCAAAAUGACGUUCUUCAUGCUGAGAACGUUAAAGCAGGCCGUGAUAAGUACAAGACUCUGCGACAGAUUCGCCAAGGCAAUACGAAGCAGCGUAUUGAUGAGUUUGAAGCAAUGUGAGAGCUGUUAUUUUGCGUACAUGUUCUUCAUAAGCUGAACCACCAACAGAGAAAAGCAGGCCUUUGCAGAUGUGAUGGAAUGCAUCCCACCUUGCCAAAGCACUUACACCAGUUUGACUGUGGUGGCUAAGAGAGAAAUUUAAGGGGAGCUCUUCGGCAUAAAGGCAACGCGAUGUCAUACUUGGGUUGUUUUUAUUUUGGGGGCCAGGGAAUGGAGAACAGUGUUCCAUCAUCUUCUUUCAUAUUUUUCAUUUUCCAUUUUUUUUUCUGUUGAAUAUUAACUCUAAUUAUCAUGUCUGACAACUGUGUAUGUGUGGUUUGAGCACUUAGAACAUUUUUGAAGGGUAAUGGUGACUUAACAAGUGUUUAGAUAGAGGACUCUCUUUUCCCUUGCCCCUUCCGUAUUCUCACUCAGCCACAUUUUCUGACUGUGCCUUCUCAUAUCCUGCCGUGCCCAUCAUGCGGAUCAUUGGCAUUGUUUAAAACGAGGGUAGGUGGAAGAGUGGGCAGUCUUUGAUCAUUGCGUAGAAGGUGGCUAUGAGUCAUGAAAAGGAUUAGAACAUUUUAAUAGUGUAGUAUGCAGCUGGUGGUUAAUUUUUUUUUAAUUCCAAUGAUAUUAUUGGAAAUUUGAUGCUUGCUUACUUUACUACAGUCAUCUUUGACAGCUGGGUCAUUUGGUCUUUCAUCUCCUGCCAUCUUUUGAUGGUUUUCUUGGCUGAUUCAUAAAAAGAUGUAGACAGCAGGUAGCAGUUCCAUAGGAGAAAAUUUAUUGAUAAAAAUACUACUGCAAAUAACAGUUGUCUCUGAAAGAUUUGAAUAGUGCUGUUCUUUCACAGAUUAAUUCAGAAAAACAGUUGCUUUAAUAAAAGAAAAUAAACAUUUGUUGGGAGUUAAUGUUAAUCAUUAAGAAAAACCUGGAUCUUUACGGAAGGACAGCAUAUGAAAACAGUAGUCCCAAGGAGGGGACAGAGUAUACUACCUCAUUACUACACCUGCGAUGACUGGUUGUUCAAACACAAUGGAGUGUGUAAGCUAUAUGUUUUAUAGUACAUAAUAAUAAUACUUUGUCAUGAAGGAAUAUUUUUGCAAUUUCAUUUUCCUUCAGAAUAUCUUAGAGUGCUAAAAUUUUUAACUGCCCUUUUGUGUUGAGUUGAAUUGUGGAACUCUGAUAUGUACUAAAAUUGUAAACUCUCCUGGUAUACUGUCUUCCUGGAGGGGUGUUGCAUGUCUGAGGGCGUGUGUGUGAGCGUGUGUGAGAGAGAGAGGAUGAAAGAGACGUUGCCCUUGCGGCAUAUGAAGGAUGUCUGUACCUUCAUUUCUUGAUAUAAUUAUUACAUAAUCAUUUUAGCAUAUUUGGUUUAUAAAUCAUUGUGCAUUUUUUUUUUCAGUCUGUAAGAAUACUUAAAUUUGGUUUGUUAGUCCUGUUUUAGAAUUCUUUAAUUUUAGGUUAUGUUAAUUUCAAUUAUGUCUGUCUUACUGAAAAAAUCUUUCCAGUUAACAUGUUCUAAUAUUUUCUUUAUUUUAAAACACCUAGAUUUGAAGAUAAGGAAAGCCUUGUUUUCUCUGUGUGGUUCAGCUACUUUCCAUUUGGUAUUAUGCAUUCAAAUUACAUUUAUCUAUUAAAAUUGCCAUUUUAUUAAACAUUGUCAUGCACAGUAGGUUCAAAUUAUGUCAAAGUAUUUCUUGCGCUUCUUUUUAUUUUGCUUACUUUAAAAGGAUUAAUCUGGGCAGACAUUAUGAAAAGGAAAGGUUGCGUUUAAUAUAUUUUUUGAACUUCGUAGGACAGAAGAUAACCUUGAGUAACUGUUGUGCAGUGGUUGCGCACAUGCUUCAAACCCUAGAUGGUGACCUUGUGAUUUGAGCUUUGAGACGUAACUGUUCACUUUCCCAGAGCACUGAAGCAAUUGCCAUUAAAGGUGAAAACCUAGGUUUCCAUCGGAUUUGUAUUAACUUCCCUGAUUUUGAAUUGUGUGCGCCAUCAUUGCUACCUCAGUUUGAUAUCAGUGUUGAAAAACUAUCAGUUAUAUUUACUGUUUAUAAUCUAUUUGUAGAUUAGAAUUAAAAUGGAUUUAAUCCAUUUUUAAACCUGUGUGAAUUUUUCUAAACCAGAACAACCAUUUGUAAUAUGGGUUUUCAUAGUGAUUAAACCAAUUAUAACUUUAUCAUUAGCAGUGAGAGCACAUGUUCAUAUAGCAAUGUAAAAAUGUGUUCUUGACCAUUUGGUAAAUUCCAACAGGCUUUUUACCAUUAGCAUAAUUUUGUGCUGUACAAUUAAAUUAUAAUUACAUCUAUAAUUUUGGAUAACAGUCAUUGGUUAACAAUAAAGUGACAAAAGCUCAUGCCUUCAAGGUCCACUGUUGUUAUUUAACAUGGAUUUCUUGCAGAUUUCCUGAAAAUUGUAGUCUUUGUUAGAGCCAUGAAUCAUCACGUCUUAAAAAUGAGAAAUGGAUCGGAAAAAUUUCAAGUAAUUUCACAGUCUUCAUAGACUUAACUCUUUCACUCUGCCAUCAGGGCUCCAUGGGAGUCCUAGUGAUUGCUAAUUCUGUGGAAAAAUUAAACAGACUGUCUUGACAAUAGAAAAUAAUUUAGGGUUUCCAGUCAUUGUUUUUAUUGUAUAGUUCUUUGCUUCUUUUUCCCGAGGACGUUAAAAUUUCAUUGUCAUUGAUUCAUCUCACUACCAAAAUGCUCAUGUUCUUUAAAGAACCUUGUGCUAAGUGCAUUUAUUUAAAUGCAUAUUUUUAUUUUAAA